AGGAGAAGCUAGCUUUAAUAAGAUAAACGAGGAACUUGGUUCGCAGAAAAUUCGAUCUCUAAAAUGGCUUCCUUGACGUUAUAUCUGUCCUUCCAGGUGGUCGCAGCUUCUACAGUUACUCACGACCAUAACGAGCUUACAGAAAAGAGCAUCACGGUUUACCCUCGAGUGCUGGAAUCUCGAGAAGACGGCUCGGAAAAAGUGCUCAUCGUUCACGAAGGCUACAGCCUUCACUUGAAGAAGGCAUCCAUACUCGCAAGGCGUCUUCUACUGCGAGAUGUAACAAACGAUGGCAUCAUCGAGCAAUAUGUUGACGGCGCUCACUACGAAAGACACCUGUACGAAGAUACGAACAAGAAAGCCUCCUUGCUGUUGAAGCCUAGAGAACACGGCGAUUACUUCAUUACAGGCCUUGUAAACUUCACCCACCGCAUUGAGCCGGCAAAGCUACGUGAAAGGUCCUCAACCAGAAGAGCAGCGCACAAGAUAGUGGAAAUUCACAACAUACGAGGAUCGUGUGAGAAUGACCAAGUAAUUGAUAAUCAAUUUUACGAAGUGGAUGAAGGCAGGAUGGGAAGUGAUUCUCGAGGAGUAUCGCUUCCAGAAGUUGAAAUGAGAGGCGCCAUUCCACAACCGUUUGGUCUCGAGUUGCACUUCAUCAGUGACUACAACCACACCAUGUACUUCAAUGGGAAAAAGGAAGCUCAUGUCUACUACGUGACGCUGUUCGCGCAUUCGGUCAGUCUUCGCUUGGACCAGCUCAAUCCUCCUGUUCCCAUCGGUAUAACAAACAUUCAAAUGUCGUCAACGGCUAACGAAAGCUAUGUUGGGCUGUGGCAUAACGGUGACCUGAUCAGCAACGAGACGCUUCUGAAACUGAACAAUGAAGUGCGGGAUGACGAAGCCUACCAGCAUGCAGACGCGGUAUACAUGGCAACAGGGCGAGAAAUGAUUACCCUCAUUACCGGAGGCAAGAGCUCAUACAUACUGGGAACGGCAGGCAGCGCUAAAGCGUGUACCGAUAACAAGGCAGCAGUUGGCGAGGACAAGCCUGGCAAGUUUUCGGGAGUGAACACUGCCGCUCACGAAAUUGGACACCUAUUAGGUUCCCCUGACGACAGCCCAGGCGUUUGGGGUCAAUGCAAAACGGAGGAGGGAUAUCUGAUGAGCAAAUACGCACGUGGAAAGCGUGCCUUUACUUUUUCAGAUUGCAGCAAGAACGCCAUCGCUCAUUUCUUGAAAUUAAAUACAUCUGCCUGCUUGAAAAGCAAACAGAACUGUCAGAUCGUGUCCUUCCCCAACAAGGCAUUAAAACUUCCAGGGCACGCGAUGAGCGGCGAUGCGUAUUGCAAAAUGUUCUACUCAGGAUUUGCAGCUGCUUACUUUCUUGAGUUUUUUGCAUUCCUCAAGAAGUGCAAAAUUCCUUGUCUGGUAGUGGAGAAAAAAACCAAUAAGCUGAGGUUUCUGACGACGCUAGCACCAGACGGCACGCGCUGCGACCAGCACGAUCGACGCAAGGUCUGCAAAAAUACCAUCUGCGUAUGACCGCAAGGUCGAUUUUACUUGGAGAACGAGCGCUUCAAGCUGAAGCACUUUUCCGUUUACUUCGCACGCCGAUACCCUGCCGCAUUUAUGAAUCAGCAUAUUGCGAUGUACGUACUUCGAGACACCUCCAAAAUGUUCAAUAAAUGCUUCUUU